AUGUCAAAAUCAACCGUCAACACAAACCCGUACCCCUUCCACUUCGACGCCAGCACACCAGUACAAACAAACACCAAUGGCAAGACACAAGACCUAUCAGUCAUCAUCCCAAACAGCCGGGGAAAGAUCCCUUCCCUCCAAGCCUCCCGGCUCCGAAGCAUGGUUCUCGAAGCACACAAUGAUCCAAGCAAAAUCGUCGCCCACGUUUGCAGCUACGACGCUUUGAGCUCCAAGUUGUGCGAAGAAGCGGGAUUUCCUAUCUUAUUCCUUGCGGGAUACGCAAUGGCAUCGGCCUUUGCACUGCCGGAUACCGGAUACAUUGCCUUCCAGGAGGUGGCGGCCAAGGUUCAGGAGGUCGUGAGGGCGACUAGUGUGCCUGUUCUUGUCGAUGGUGAUACGGGGUAUGGUGGACCAAUGAAUGUGAGGAGGACGGUUGAGGGGUUUGCACGAGCUGGAGCUGCUGGAAUCAUGAUUGAGGAUCAAACAUGGCCAAAACGCUGCGGCCACACAAAAGGAAAAGCCGUUGUCUCCCGAAGCGAAGCCUACGCCCGCUGGCGCGCAGCCGUCGACGCCCGUAACGAAGGCCUCGAUAUCUGGAUUAUGGCCCGAACUGAUAGUCUCAUUCACGGCUACGAUGAAGCCCUGGAAAGAGCUCGGGAAGCUAUCAAGAUUGGUGUUGACUGUGUAUUCGUCGAAGCGCUCCCCGACCGUGAAACCAUGUUACGUCUGCGGAAGGACCUUGACUUCCCUGUCUUUGCCAACAUUAUUGAAGGCGGGAAGACAGAGAACCUCUCUGCUAAGGACUUGGCUGAGCUGGGAUACUCUGCCGUUGCGUAUCCCUGGACCUUGGUCGCGGCUAAAUUGAAGAGUAUCCGGGAGACACUGGAGGCUAUUAAGGGGUCAUUCUUGGUAGGAAAGCCGCCCACGGUUUUGUCGUAUGAAGAGGUCUGUGAAGGUGUCGGAUUCAAUAGGUACUAUGAGAUGGAGGAGAAGUAUCAGUACGAUGGGUCGAUAACUGGGAGUAAUGGAUACCAGUGGGCUUGA